ACUGGGACUGAAAGACGUUUCGUGGAGGGAGGUUUUAAAAGUGUUAAAAUUGGAAGUGGGAGGGGGAAGGGCCUCGGGAAGAAUUUGGAUGGAAGGAGGCAAGGCAGGAAGGUUUAGAGGAAUGGAGCGAGAGAGUGUGCCGGUGUGACGAGGGAAGGGAGAAAGUGGGAGCCUGGGAGGAAAGUUUGGGAGGAAGGGGAAUGGGAUGGCAGGGAGGACAAGUGGAGCUGCACCCGGUGAUGAGGGCUCGGGGGUUUCCCUUUCCCGGGUGGAAAGGAAGGAGGGAGCAGAGUUAAGCAGCAUCAGUUGCAGCCAAUUCUAUUUGCCAGGCCCUUAGCUUUUAAUGGGGUGGGAAGGGCAGAAGGAAUGAUCAUGUGGGUUUGGAGAAUUGGGGUUGAAUGAAGGUUCAACUAGAUUUGCUUUCCAAAAAGCUCUCUAGCUUACUGCUCCCCCUCCCCCCCCUUUUUUCUUCCUGGUUACAAAAGGGAGAACAGGGAAACUGGUGUUAAGGAGUAAAGGACUUUUCUGGUUUGUAGCAGUUAGCAACACAAGACUGGGAAAAGAAUCAUGGCUAUUUGGGAAUCUUAUAUACCAAGGUAGAGGCUCUGGAAGUCUCAGGAGGAAAACAGGCUGGCAGCUAAGACAGGCUAAUUAAAUGCUUUAGUUUACAGAUCCUUCUUCUUUUUUUUUUUUUUUAACGUUUUAAGGGCUAGGAGAAAGAAGGUCAAUGAAAAAUAACUUUACUGAAAUGUGUGAGUGGAUGCUGCCCCAGUGUGUAUUUUGUUUUCGUGGUCUAAGUAGUAAGUUCUGCUGUCAUAAGAGAAAUGAUGGGGAAAAAGUGCUUUCUUUAGCUGCACUCACUUUCCUCCCACUCAGUACCCUCUGAUGAUGAAAGUCAGCCUUAGCAUUGUAACAAAAUAGAUGGAAUUAGUACCUAAGGAAAGUGAGACAGUAUUAGGUGACAAAGGGUUUUCCAGAAAUUAUUGACUCUGGGACAAAGGUCUUUCUUGCCAUCAGUUGUUGAGACUGGAAAUUCUUGGAGUUGAUAUUAUUUGUUAAAUGGCUUGUUGAGAGGUAGGGAAACUUGGGGAUUGUGUUGUGGGUGGAUUCCCAUGUUUAGCUUGGAGUGGAUCAGUGUGAAGCUUCAGGCUUCUCUCUGAAUUUUUUGCCACUGAGAAUGACUAACUGUGGGCCCUCGAGGUUUAAAAUAAAACUUGAAGUUUGACUUCCCCCUUUAUUUUUGUUUUUCUGCUGGCUUUGAAACUUGUGCUAGGAAGAGACUUGGGAAAUUAAGUUUCUUGCAGAGUAUCCUGGGGAUUGCAUCUGCUGAGCAGGGAUUCUGGAAAGGAUUCUGUCCCUGAGCCCCCAGCAUGGCGGGCCUAAAACGACAGGCAAGCCAGGUGUGGCCAGAAGAGCGUGGUGAACAGGAGCAUGGGCUCUAUAGCCUGCACCGUAUGUUUGACAUUGUGGGCACACACCUGACACACAGAGAUGUACGAGUGCUUUCCUUUCUCUUUGUUGAUGUUAUUGAUGACCACGAACGUGGACUCAUCCGAAAUGGACGUGACUUCUUAUUGGCAUUGGAGCGCCAGGGCCGCUGUGAUGAGAGUAACUUUCGCCAGGUGCUGCAGCUGCUGCGCAUCAUCACUCGCCAUGAUCUGCUACCCUAUGUCACCCUCAAGAAGAGACGGGCUGUGUGCCCUGAUCUUGUAGACAAGUAUCUGGAGGAGACAUCCAUUCGCUAUGUGACCCCUAGAACCCUCAGUGAUCCAGAACCAAGGUCUCCCCAGCCCUCUAAAACAGUGCCUCCCCACUAUCCUGUGGUGUGCUGUCCCACUUCGGGUCCUCAGAUGUGUAGUAAGCGGCCAGCCAGAGGGAGAGCUACACUUGGGAGCCAGCGAAAACGCCGGAAGUCAGUGACACCAGAUCCCAAGGAAAAGCAGACGUGUGACAUCAGACUGCGGGUUCGGGCUGAAUACUGCCAACAUGAAACUGCUCUGCAGGGCAAUGUCUUCUCUAACAAGCAGGACCCACUUGAGCGCCAAUUUGAGCGCUUUAACCAGGCCAACACUAUCCUCAAGUCCCGGGACCUGGGCUCCAUCAUCUGUGACAUCAAGUUCUCUGAGCUCACCUACCUCGACGCAUUCUGGCGCGACUACAUCAAUGGCUCAUUAUUAGAGGCACUUAAAGGUGUCUUCAUCACAGACUCCCUCAAGCAAGCUGUGGGCCAUGAAGCCAUCAAGCUGCUGGUGAAUGUGGACGAGGAGGACUAUGAGCUGGGCCGACAGAAACUCCUGAGGAACUUGAUGCUUCAAGCACUGCCCUGACCUUUCCCCUCCUCACUUCUCUGGGGACUGUUCCCAACACCCACCUCUGGAGCUUAUAUACUGUUCUGGGGUUUGUUCUCUACCCUUCCAACCAAUCACACCCCUGCCUUUUUUUUUUCUUUUUAAAGGAAAAGACAAAGGAAAGUGGAAGUGGUGUUCCCCACCCCUCCCUGCACCCAUGUGCCUGGGCUUCCCCUAUUUCCUGUUUCCACUUAUCCCCUAAUGUGCGUCUCUACAGCCACCUUACCACUGAGCCGUAAGACAAAUGUAUAGGGAGAAGCCAAGUCUAUAGAUCAUAGUCUUUGUAAGGGAUUGAAGUCAACACUGCUUUUGGGUGCAUUGAGGGGGUAUUCAAUACUUCUGGCUUUAAGAGGGCUCUUAAAAUUUUGUCUGAAAAACCAAAGGGCUGUGAGUAAGGAAGCUGUGUGGAA